GUGCGCCGCGCCUACCUGGGCGAGUCGCACGCCGCGGAGACCUCGGGCACGGGGGCCGGCGGCUGAUGCUGCAGGUGCGCGACCUGACCGCCGCCUACGGCCGCAGCCGCGUGCUCUUCGGCCUUGAGCUCGAGGUCGCCGCCGGCGAGGUCGCCACCCUGCUGGGCCGCAACGGCAUGGGCAAGACCACCACGGUGCGCUGCCUGAUGGGGUUGCUGCGGCCCACCGGCGGCUCGAUCCGCUUCGACGGCGCCGAGCUGGUCGGCCUGCCGCCGCACCGCGCCGCGCGCGCCGGCCUGGGCCUGGUGCCCGAGGGCCGGCAGAUCUUCCCCAACCUGACGGUGGAGGAGAACCUGGUCGCCACCGCCCGCCCCGGCCCCUGGAGCCUGGCGCGCGUGCGCGGCCUCUUUCCCGUGCUGGCCGAGCGGCGCAGCGCCCUGGGCACCCAGCUUUCCGGCGGCGAGCANNAUGCGACCGAGGGCCUGGCGCCGCUGAUCCGCGAGGAGAUCUGGCGGGUCCUGGGCGAGCUCAAGCGCGCCGGCCAGGCGAUCCUGGUGAUCGACAAGAACCUGGACGCCCUGCUGCCCCUGGCCGACCGCCACACGGUGAUCGAGAAGGGUCGGGUCGCCUGGACCGGCGGCUCCGCCGAGCUGGCCGCCGACCGGGCCUUGCAGGAACGCUAUCUGGGGGUGUAG